CCAAUUACCGCCGAGCCAUUUGCAAAAAAAAGAGGCGAUUCAUGAGCAGCUAAACUACCGCGACUUUCUCCCGAGGAAGACUAUUGAAUCUUCCUUUUCAAUUAAAUCCAAUCGAUCGUUUUUCUUCCUCAUCGCUAUUCGUACUAGAGACUAUCUUUCCUCUCUCAUUUCCAGAUCUGUUCGGUCUUCAAUUCCUGCGAGAACCUUGACCGCCCGUUGUGUACCUCGGCUGCUGUGUGAGUGAGUGACAUCAUCGAAGCGAGGCGGAUAGACAAUAGAUCUGUUUCUAUCUAUCUAUCGAUCAAAUCUGCAAAUCUAUAUACCCAGGCACUUGUCCACGUAGAUCUGGUCGAUAAAUCUCCAAUCACUCUCAGCCCCAGCAACAAGAGGCUCAGGCGAAGCACAGUUCAGCCUUAAUCUGUCGCCGACACCUACUACCUAACCACUAAUUUCCUUACACCAUGGCGCCACUCUCAGGGCCCGAAGUCGCGAAGCACGACAACAAAGAAUCAUGUUGGGUUGUGAUACAUGGAAAAGCAUACGAUGUCACAGAAUUCUUGCCAGAGCAUCCUGGCGGGAUGAAGAUCAUAUUAAAAUAUGCUGGCAAAGACGCAACUGCGGAAUUUGACCCGAUACAUCCCCCGGAUACCCUGGACAAGUAUCUGGACAAGUCGAAGCACAUGGGACCUGUCGACAUGAAUACCGUCGCCACGGUGGAGGAGGCCGAAGACCCGGAUGAGGCCGCUCGACAGGAGCGCAUCAAGAACAAGCCGCUACUCUCGCAGUGCUAUAACUUGAUGGACUUCGAGUCCGUCGCCAAAAACGUCAUGAAGAAGACCGCUUGGGGAUACUACUCGAGUGCGGCUGAUGAUGAAAUAACAAUGAGAGAGAACCACGAGGCCUACCACCGGAUAUGGUUCAGGCCCAAGGUCCUCGUGGACGUGAAGAACGUAGACUUCAGCACAACCAUGCUCGGCACAAAGGUAUCGAUGCCGUUCUACGUAACGGCGACAGCGCUCGGCAAACUAGGCCACCCAGAGGGCGAGGUGGUACUGACACGCGCAGCGCACAAGCACAGCGUAGUGCAAAUGAUCCCAACACUAGCCUCGUGCUCGUUCGACGAGAUCGUCGACGCGCGCCAGGGCGACCAGGUGCAAUGGCUGCAGCUCUACGUCAACUCGGACAGGGCGAUAACGGAGCGCAUCGUGCGCCAUGCCGAGGCGCGCGGCUGCAAGGGCCUUUUCAUCACCGUCGACGCGCCACAGCUGGGCCGUCGCGAGAAGGACAUGCGGUCCAAGUUCGUCGACCAGGGGUCCGAUGUGCAGAACGGGCAAGAGACGGACACCUCGCAGGGCGCGGCGCGCGCCAUCUCCUCUUUCAUCGACCCGGCGCUCUCGUGGGCCGAUAUCCCGUGGUUCCGGUCCAUCACCAAGAUGCCCAUCGUGCUGAAGGGAGUCCAGCGCGUCGAGGACGUCAUCAAGGCCGUCGAAUGCGGCGUCCAGGGCGUCGUGCUGUCCAACCACGGCGGCCGCCAACUCGAGUUCGCGCCGUCCGCCGUCGAGGUCCUCGCCGAGACGAUGCCGGUGCUGCGCUCCAUGGGCCUCGAGAACAAGAUCGAGGUCUUCGUCGACGGCGGCGUGCGGCGCGCCACGGACAUCCUCAAGGCGCUAUGCCUAGGCGCCAAGGGCGUCGGUAUCGGCCGGCCUUUCUUAUACGCUAUGUCGGCGUACGGCUUCGAGGGCGUCGAUCGCGCGAUGCAGCUCCUGCACGACGAGCUGGAGAUGGGCAUGCGUCUCAUCGGGUGCACGACCGUCGACCAGUUGAACCCCUCGCUUGUGGACACCCGGAACCUGGGCAGUCAUGUCACUGGCGUUCCGGUGGAUAGUCUCGGGCGUAAGGUGUAUGAUGCGCUUGCCACGCCUGCGUGGAAGGAGCCGAAGCCGUCGAAGUUGUAAGGGGCUGUCUUAAUGAUGGGGAAUGUAUUGUAUAUGGGAGAGAUGUAGGGAGUAGGGAGGACGAAUUUGUUUAUAUGGAAAUUGAGCAUUUAGCAUCGAGCAUUUAGUCCUUAGUUAUAUAUACACAUACACACGCGCGCGUAGAUAUACACAUACAAACAUGCAUAUAUAGUGGUUUUGGGUAUAAGUCUCCAUAUUCGCAGAGUAAUAUCAUGGCCUAAGCAUACAAUAUCAACCAUUUCCUACACAGUGAAGCUCUACCACUUAC